CGCACGUUUCGCUGACAGCUCUUUCUUUUCAGUCAAGCUCUUAAAAAAAGAUGCCUGCCUUCAAGAAAUUCGUACAAACGGGCCGUAUUGCGCGGUGCGCUCGCGGCAAAUUCAAGGGAAAGCUCGUCAGCAUCGUUGACAUCAUUGAUCAAAAUCGGGUUUUGAUUGAUGGCCCAUUGAGCGGAGUUCCACGCCAACAAUACCCCGUCAGCCACUUGUAUUUGACAAAAUUCCGCGUCAAGUUCCCCUACACCGCCCCAACACGAGUUGUCCGUAAAGCCCUUGAAGCUUUCAACCUCAAGGAGAAAUGGUCAUCCACACAAUGGGCGGAGCGCGCUAAAGCCAAGCAUGCUCGCGUUACUUUGACGGAUUUCGAUCGCUUCAAGAUCCGCACUGUUCGUCGUCAACGCAACCGCUUGGUGACUCCAGUUUACCACAAAUUGAAGAAAGCCGCUGCCCGCACUGGCUUCUUGUUUGGUAAACCCGUGAAAGGAACAAAGCCCUUGCCCAAGAAGAAUCCCGACAAGGUCAAGAAAAAGAAGGUCGUCAAGAAGACAAAGAAGGUUGCCAAGAAGUAAAAACAUUUGCUGACUGACACCGCGCUUUUGUAUGGAAAUUUCGAUCACGCAAUGCAAGCAAGACCCGCAAAGAAAGAGAAAAAAUAAAAAAAAUGCGAAAAUUUCAA